AUGUUUACCUCAUCUAAACCGAAAUUCGCUUUGGAGCUCUCCAUACAUGAGCUCACCAAUGUCCCACAAAUAAAUGGAGCUUGCUACAUUGAAGUUUCCAUCCGUGACUCCAAACAAAAGCAUGCGCACACACACACAUACGGGUCGAAGGCGCCUUCGAAACAGUCAUCGACUUCGAACUUGCCAGAGAAUGGUGGCUCUUCCUCUUCAAACCCUGCAAAGACAUUUUUAGGGAAAAUGGAUUUGAAAGCUUCCAAAGCUGUCAACAAAGAAAUUUCUCAGGCCAAAAGCUCUUCAGGACACGUUACAUCCACAACCUCUUUGAAGAAAUUGCACAAUUUCAAAUGUAACUUCAACUACAAACUUACAUGUAAUCUAAAGUUUGGUGUCAAGAGUAAAAAAAACAGGUUGAUUGCUAACAAGUAUUUGUCGUUGAAGGUAUUUUACGUCCAUGAUGAUAGACAUGGGGGUUCCGAGCAAAUAAUCAUUCCAUUGGGCCGCUUAGAUAUCAAUUUGUCGGAAUAUUUGAAUUUUGAAGAGCCGGUCAAUUUGAAGUACCUAUUGGAUGACUCCAAAGUCAAUUCGAUCUUGAAUUUGACAAUUGGUCUCGCCGAGUUACCCGAAAGUUUUGAUUUUCAUACUCAGUUGCAGAUUCAAGACAACAACAGCAGUGUUGUGUCAUCCACCGCUGUGCGUGAAGGGCUUCAACAAAAUAAGAAACGAAGCACUACAUUCAACGUACCCCAAUUUGAACGUAAAAAUGUGUUUAAUGGAAUAAGCAAUAUUUUCGGUGAUGGAAAUACGGAUGAGCAACAUGGAUCAGCCAACCAUACCCCAUCAUCGCCAACUACACCACAAUCGGAGACGAAUGAUAGAGUGCAACCUCCACCGCACCAACACCAACACCAACACCAACACCAACACCAACACCAACACCAACACCAACACGCAUACCGUGGACACAGAGCAGCCCUCAAUCAAGGAAGCUCGGCUGAACUGUCGGCGUCGUCAAAGCUUUCUCUCGAUGGUGCGCCAAUAGAUGAUAUUAGAAAUUUGAACAACCAGGACUUGAUCAAAUUAGUGGCACAAUCAUCAGACGUUUCACUGGCCAUGUCGGCCCAACUGCCCAAUCUGAAUGGGCAAAAUACCAAUACAGCAGCAGGAGGAGGAGGAGCUCAAAAUGGAAACUUUGUAUCUGGAGUCAAUCGCCACGUUCCAAUGGAUCCCAUUAUUAACUCCUUGUACAUCAAGAUUCUUGAAAGCAAUUGGGAUCCGGCAUUGUAUCCACUUUUGGAUUACUCUCCUAACCAAUGCAUCGAUGAUAUCUUUGAUAAUCCUCGGAAUCCAUAUGGAUGUAAUUUGAAGUUGAAGGAGUUUUACGAAUCUGAAAUUGAAAAGGAUGAUAAGAACAACAGCGGGUAUAGGAAUUUGAAUGGGUUGAUUAAUGAAGAUAAGUAUAGAUCGGACUUGCGCAGUUGGACCUUGCCAGAGUUUCAGUAA